CCGACGCAUGCGCAGUCUUAAAUACCGAGCGUCGACCCGAAGCCAGCGCCAAGACCGGAAGAGAUGGGGAGUGUGGCAGCCUGGCGCUUGUAACCUGCGGCUGGACGCCUCCCCGAGCGGUAGUGUGACGAGCAGAGAAGCCGGCUGUGUAGGGAAGAGGCCCAGUGAGAAGUUGUACCCGAUAGAUUGAUUACUGAACAUGGGGGCAUUUCUGGACAAACCCAAAACUGAAAAACACAAUGCUCACGGUGCAGGAAAUGGAUUGCGCUAUGGACUCAGCAGUAUGCAGGGCUGGCGAGUGGAGAUGGAGGAUGCUCACACCGCUGUGGUGGGUAUCCCUCAUGGCUUGGAAGACUGGUCCUUCUUUGCCGUUUACGAUGGCCAUGCAGGGUCCCGCGUUGCCAAUUACUGUUCUACGCACUUACUAGAGCAUAUCACAGACAAUGAAGACUUCAGGGCCGCGGAGACUCCAGGAUCUUCAUUGGAACCUUCUGUAGAGAAUGUUAAAAGUGGCAUUCGAACUGGGUUUUUAAAAAUCGACGAGUACAUGCGCAACUUUGCUGACUUAAGGAAUGGUAUGGACAGAAGUGGCUCUACGGCUGUUGCAGUCCUUAUUUCACCGGGCCACGUGUAUUUCAUCAACUGUGGGGAUUCUAGGUCUGUUUUGUUUAGGAGUGGACAGGUUUGCUUUUCUACACAGGAUCACAAGCCCUGCAAUCCCAAGGAAAAGGAGAGGAUCCAGAACGCAGGAGGCAGCGUCAUGAUUCAACGCGUCAAUGGCUCAUUGGCAGUUUCUCGUGCUCUCGGGGACUAUGACUACAAAUGUGUGGAUGGCAAAGGCCCUACUGAGCAACUUGUAUCUCCGGAGCCUGAGGUCUAUGAAAUUGUACGGGCGGACGGCGAUGAGUUUAUAAUACUUGCUUGUGAUGGUAUUUGGGAUGUCAUGACCAAUGAGGAGCUAUGUGAAUUUGUCAGAUAUAGGCUGGAGAUAACGGAUGACCUUGAGAAAGUGUGUAAUUCUGUAGUGGACACCUGUUUACAUAAGGGAAGCCGUGAUAAUAUGAGCAUUGUGCUGGUUUGUUUUCCAAAUGCCCCCAAGGUGUCCGAAGAGGCCAUCAAGAAAGAUGCUGAGCUGGAUAAACAUUUAGAAUCGAGAAUUGAAGAAAUCAUGACAACUGCCGGGGAGGAAGGAAUGCCAGAUCUCACUCAUGUAAUGCGCAUCCUGUCAGCGGAGAAUAUUCCAAAUUUACCACCUGGAGGUGGAUUAGCUGGAAAACGCAGUGUUAUCGAAGAUGUUUAUAAUAGGUUGAAUCCACAUAGAGACAAUGAUGGGGGUGCUGGCGAUCUAGAAGACCCAUGGUAGCCUUUCAAAACUCCUAAUAUGUUUUUGGUCUGGAGUAAAAGGGGGAAAAAACUUUUAUCUCGGUUCUCUUCAAUCCAAGGAAGAGAUUGUGGUGGAGCGUCAGCUAUGUACAAAAAGAAAAAAAGGAAAAAAAAAAAAAAAAAUGGGCAAAACAAAAAAUAAUUUAGUAUUUUGCACCAUUUAUCGGUUUGUUUUAUAACAUUGUCACACUUAGCAGUAUUUUUGCCAGCCUCAGGAUUUUUGGUCACCUGUGCAGCAGCAUUACUCUUAACAGGUAAAACUGGAGGGCCUUGCAGCGCAGCGUCUUGCGGGCACCUUUGGUGCUAAAGAGCUUGGGAAGAAAUAAGCCUCAUGCAGUUUGUUUAGAUGUAUUGAGGUGCAUGCAGUUGUACUUGAACAGGUAGGGCACUUCUGAACUAAAACUCCACAAGCGCAUGUAAAAACACGUAGUUGUAUGAGACAUUACUUGUAAAAAAGCAUUGGUUGUUCCACUGGAUUACUUUUUAGUUGAAUAUUAAGGAAAAAUCAUCCUGCCACCCUUUAAUUCCAAAUAUGUAGACUUUUUUUUAAAUCAUCAGUCCACUCAAAACUGAUACUUUUCAUGUUUAUCCGAGGGCUGAAUUACCCACAGGGAUUCUUGCAUCUCUCAGGGAUGUCAGAAUUUUCUGCCACCAUCCCUUCAUAGCCUUUAAAAUGCCAAUUCAAUGAAUUUUUACUUGUCACAUCUUCUUGAAAGACCUGGGAGUGAGUGCGAAACCAAGUAAGGCCUGUGGAAGGGAAGCAAAGCUGGGAACUCAGAGGCUUUUUUUUUAUUUUUUAUAGGCCUUUCUUAUAAAAGAUAAUCCAAGUUCCAAGCUCUGAUCCAAGUUCCAAGCUCUGCCCAACCUUUAAUGCCUUUAUUAGAGGGACACCUAGCUUCUUCGAACAUGUGUGGCAUCUUUCUUCUGUACCAUAAAUGUUGCUUUUAUAUCCCUGAGAGACAAGCCAUUGGGUGAUUCAUCCCACCACUGGCUACUUUAAACUGAAGUUUUAUUUUAUUUUAUUGAGCUAAAUCUUUAAAACCUAAUUAGACUUUGAGUUUUAAGUCAGCAAAAUACAUUCCAGGUGCACGAAAACAAAAAGUUCUGCAAAGUCUUAGUUCAUUUUCUUAAGACCUCAAGCCUGCAUGAGGCUGUACAACACGAGUUGUAGGCUUAUUUCCACACCUGGGAGACAGCUGCUUUGUACAGCCACCCGUAGAAUGACUGCACAUGGGUAUAUGCUGUGCUUUCGGAAACCUAAAGUAUAACUAAAGGCAAAACUUUUUUGCGGUUCGGAUAGAGUGCACAGGGAUUAGAAUGCUUGUCCAUUUUUCCUGCAGUCUGUGACCCUGUUAAGGAGAUUCACUCUCUGGUCUGUUUAUCAUUGAUCGUAAAAGAAAAUUCCAAAUUUUGGGCUGUCAAUUGAAAAUAGAUCUUCCAAUUGGUACACUAGAUCUGGUGACCUGGGGUUCCCCAAGGGAUUCCCUUAAUUUGCAAGGAUUUGUACUUUGACUAUGGCUACUUUUUAAGAAAAUAAACUAAGACUUUGAAUGCACCUGACGCGAUUAAAACUACAUUCAGUUAUUUAAAGCUUAUCAUGAAUCAAAGGGAAUCUGUAGAAGUGUGCCAUUGAACAUUUUGAUUCUGAGGUUACAUGGUAUUGACUUAUUCCUAAGUCACCAAGCAUGUGUAUUGGGUGAUACUCGCAUGCUUGUUAUAGGUCAGUGACUUGGCAAGAUUCGAAGUAAGGAUGUCCAGAAGUGGACUCCUUUUAAAAAAAAAAAAAAUCUGCAUUGGCAGCUCACCCAUGUGUGCCCUGAUUGGUUUCCUUUGAGAUGAAGACAAUUUUCUGGUUAUCUUUGAUCUCCAGCUGGCCGUGUAUGCCAGGAGUUAAAAAUUCCUAUACAGGGUGGCGAUAGGGCCUAGUCGCCAAGCAGUUGGUGAACCUAAAGAAGAAAUAUCUGGUAACUUUUUUUUCUUUUUGAGCCUUUUUGCUCAGAAUAUGAGAACAUAUAGGUUCUGAUGGAAGCAGCCAUUUAAAUUCCUAUCUGGUGAUCGGGGAACCCCAUUUAGCUCACCUUUUUGGGAAUUGCAGAAGAGACAUUUAAAAACCUAUCCACCGUACUGUGGCAUUUGUGUUUCUAUCUUUCACUUUUAGAAACACUAAUGUUUCAUAAUAUGUGUUCCUUAGACUCCAAAUUCAAGUUUGAACCUUAUUUGGUAGCACAUUACGCGAAAAGGGAGCGGAAGUCCCAUAUAGCAUAGUGUCAGAAAGCAGACCCACCGACAAGGCGUGUCGAACUGGACUGGAAUCUGAGGGCCGCAGGGGUUACAUAUGGGCGGGGCCAGUUUCAGUCAGAUUUUUUUUCAAUGGUGUCCGGUGUGGGUUCGUUCACCGGUUCAGGUGCAAUUUUUUACAGUGUAUGACACUUGAAAUCGCACCUGUACUGGACUGAAAAUCGUACAGGAUUUUUUUUAAAUCGCCCUGAGGCCGGCCCGCACAUAUGUGCACUUGCUCCAUUUAUCACAUGUCGUGAAUUGGAUGCGGUUAAAAACUCAUCCAAUUUGCAUAUAUGGGAAUGGGGGCUCAACCCUAAAAACCUGGGUAUUUAAUUUUAUGUUGCGACACUAGUCUGCUUCACUAUUGUCCAAAGCAUUGAACCGCUUCCUGAAAAAAAUUCACUUGUUUAGUUCACGUUAAGCAGCGUUGAUUAAAGAUUUUUAGUAAGCCUAAGCAAUGUUUAAGGACCCAUUCAAACGUAUGCAUGAGUUGAAGCUUGUUGUGUUAAAGCAUAGCUAAAGGCAAAACCUCUUCCCUUUUUUUGUUUCCUUUUUGUUUUGGACAGAGUGGAGAUCGAUUAGAACAACCAUUUGGUUUUUACUGCCGUCUGUGCCCCCCCGUUGGGGAGACUCGCCCUCCUUAUAUUUAUCCCUUUUUACCAUAAUCCAUUGAAAGUAAAAGAAAAUGUCCCCAGAAAAGUAAAAUAGUGGAAAUCUUCCAAUAGGGGCACUAGUUCUGGUGACCUCAGGGGGGCCCAAGGGAUUUUCCUAAUUUGCAGGGAUUUUUUUUUCUCACUUCCUGUUUUGACUCUGGGACGAGAAGUGAAGUUCAAUCUUCCCUAUGGGACACAAAUGGCAAAAAAAAA